AUGAUUCCUUGCCGUCUAGGCUCCUAUUGUCCAUCACCACUCUCGCCCAAUGAUGGAAUGUGUCUCACCACCGCUCGAUGCCCCAAACCACCCACAGCUGAAUACGGAAGGGCAAAAGAAGCGUGUCAACAUUGCCAUGGAAAUCGCCGCCUGUCCCAAAGUCCUGCUAUUAGACGAACCCACAUCAGGCCUCGAUACGAUAGCGUGCGACAAAUUGUUCGACCUAUUGAAUCUGAUCAAACACAGCGAAGCUGGCCCCGUGACCAUCGCGAUGGUUGUUCAUCAGCCUAG